UUAACACGCUCGUCUUGGUGCGUGAUUGAAACAGUUAAUUCCGGGAACCAAAAUAACUGUCGUCCUAUUCCUUACAAAAGCUGAAAUCAGCAAACAUAACUGCUGUCCUCUCUCCACUCUCACAUUCUUUUUCUUUUGAGAAUUUCCUCCAAUUAAACGAGAUUCUAACCCUAAUUCUUCACCAAAGAACCAAACCCCUUUGAAACAAAAGGGGAAAAUUUUGACCAAAAAUGGUAGUAAUGAAUCAAUGUACAAGUCAGAAAUAAGAAUAAGUUUAAUUGAGGGUUUGCAUACUAGUCAUGCAAACCUUAGAGACAAUGGAGGAAGAUGAUGUUAGCCCUAAAGUUUCAUUAAGAAGGAAUGGAUCGUUUAUUUGUGUAGCAGCACCUUUCUUGUAUGAUAAAUUACCUGAGGAACCCCUUAAGCUUACCAUCCUCAAAUUGGACGGCUCGUCUUUUGAUAUUGAAGUGGCUAGAAAUGGGAGCGUGGAAGAUCUCAAGCGGGCGGUGGAAGAGGCCUUCAGCCAUUGCAAGAUUUCAUGGUUACAUGUAUGGGGACAUUUUUGCCUGAGUUAUUGCGGACAGAAGCUCCUUACUGAUGAUGAUUUAAUAGGAACCUAUGGGAUCAAGGAUGGCGAUGAGCUUAGUUUUGUGAGACAUGUAUCCAUUGGUUACAAUCCUGUAAAGGUGCGACCAGAAGGAGGGGACCAUCAUUUCGAUGAACCCAGCACAUCCAAUGGCUUUGAUGACAAAGAGCGGAAAGGUGAAAAGGAGGAUGAUCAAUCCCAGGAUGAUUCAGAUAAUGAUGAAGACAGCACUUCUGAAGAUGAGAAUGAUGGGGGUAUUCUUAGCAGUUGUCAGUACAGGUUGUUUCAUUUAUUUAGAGGGUGGUUAUCGUAUCAGAAACUGGCGAACUCAGAAAGGAGAGUGGAGCAGAAGAUGGAGUAAUGCAUCAAGAUUACCCCAUGGUUACUUAGGGAGUUUUGAAAAAUUGUUGUGCAGUUGCACAAUAAUAAGUACUGACUUUCCAAAGAGAGUUGGAAAGCAAAACAAUAACCAGCACUUUUGCAGCUCUAGGAUAUGAAUCAAGUUGAACAUCAAUGGUAAUCAACUCUGAUUGGAGCUCUAGCCUUGUAACUUCCCAAUCAUUUCGACAUGCCAAGCUGCUUCUGCAGAGAAAGUGAUGUCAACAAAUUGACUUUAUGCUUUCCCCGACGAUACAGUCAUUUGAGGCUCUGCAAUAAAACACAUUACUUGAUACCAGCUUGAGCUUAUCAUUAGAGAAGAUAUACUGCUGCUGCUUGUAGUGUAUCUUCCCAUCUAUAGAUGAUAAUAGGUUGUAUCGAGAUGAGCUCAACCGGCAUUUAGAGCGAGUCUCGACAAGCUAGAUCAGCAAGAUAAUUAGUAAAAUAUCUAGUUUUGUUUUAAAAACCUCAUGGGGUGCAGGUCUGAAAAUAUCUGGUUAUUGUGUAACAGAAAUUCCUGACUUUCCUGGGCAUGACCCCUUGUUCAUCUUGAUGUAUCCCAUUUCAGAUUCAAUGUAAGUUAUACCUUUUGGCAGAAAACAGAUAUACAAAAGUAUAUUUUGAGGCA